CAAAUAGCUUCUAACCUUGAGUACAAAUUUGUAAUAUGGGUUGUCCUUUAUUUUAUAGGCAUUCAAAAUUAUAGUUGUAUUCUCGUUUAUCACAAUUCCAUCUUACUUCUCAAAAUUGCCUUCCCGAAAUUUAAUUAAGAACAAGAUACGGUCACAAGAUGUCAUUGUCAAAAUAAAUGUCAAUAUCGUAGUCGUAUUUUUUCUUAUCACUGCAAGUCCACAUAGGAACCACGUAGGGAUGUUAAAAACGAGUGAUUUAUUGCUUUCGAGCUUGCUCGCCUCAAUUCUCUUGAUCCUUUCAAAUCCUCACAUCCAGUCACAUGCCGAUCUAGUCACGAGCGAUGAAAAUGAGGAGGUCGGUCGUUUCACAAUCGAGGGCAGAGUUUACCCGCCCCAAAUGCUGGGAAUCGAUUCAGAUUGGCAAAAGGACACGACGGUAUCAAUAAAUCGCGGCGAAUACAAAGGGUUCCUCCGAGACGAUGGCACGUUCACGAUAAUGGGCGUCCCUUCCGGGAGCUACAUUCUCGAAGUGCACGACCCUGACUUCUAUUAUGAGCCCGUUCGCGUGGAAAUCAACCCGAAAGGAAAGUUCCGGGCUCGGAAAGUAAACUUCGUUCAACCCGGUCAGAUCUUGCAGGUCCCGUAUCCGCUGAGGAUGAAAUCUAUCAUGAAAUAUAAAUAUUUCCAGACGCGGGAACAAUGGAAGAUCACCGAUUUCCUCUUCAGCCCGAUGGUCCUUAUGAUGCUCCUACCGCUUCUGCUGAUGCUGAUCCUUCCAAAAAUGAUGAGUGACGCGGAAACGAAGAAAGAAAUGGAGAACAUCAAUUUCCCCAAGAUGACGAACGAAAUGCCCGAGAUCAGCGAGAUGCUCACGUCGUUCUUCACUGGCACCUCGAGCAAAGACAAGGAGAAACAGAAGCCGGCGGCGAAGUCGAGCAAGAGCAAACGAAACUAACAAUGUCGAUAUUAAGGAGUCGUAACCUUGUUGAAUAGGAACUAGACAUAUUUAAUUUAAAUUUUAAAGAAUUGAACUUGGAGAGAUAAAUUUAAUUCAGAGUAAACAAAUUCAAGAGGUGUAGAUGUGUUUAGUAACAAUUUUUAUAUGAGAGCUACCGAAAAACCUUCUGCGAAGAAGUUGAUAGCGAGCAGAUCAAUAGACUAAAUUUAUUUAUAAAGCAGAAUAGUAUUUAUAAAUAGAGAUCCGUCUAUGAAACGUAUUCAAACUCCUUAGCUAAUUAUAAAUUGAAUUGUGGGGGACCUACGGAUGUGCGAGAUAUUUACAUGUACAGGAAGUGCGUGAACUACCCAAACACAGCCGCGCUCUGGUAAAAUUGUUAAAUGCAAUAUAAGUCAAAUAAAAAUUUCUGGGUGAGCGAAA